AUGGCUUUUAAUCUUGCAGGAAAAAAGUUUCUUGUUACUGGUGCUGGGCGGGGAAUUGGUCGACAGCUCUCUAAAACCCUAAGUGAACAAGGGUGUAAAGUUUAUGCACUGAGUAAGACUAAAGAAACGUUGGACAGUCUAGCAGCAGAGUGUGAUAACGUUAAAACAAUACAUGCCGAUGUUGGUGUAUGGGAGGAAACGAGGGAAAAACUAAAAGACAUAGAAGUACUAGAUGGUCUUGUCAACAAUGCAGCGUACGUCGGCGAAAACCUAAUUCCAGCUUUGGAUGUAUCUAAAGAAUAUUUAACCAAGAUUAUCAACGCAAACUUGUUAGGAACAAUAAAUACUUCCCAGAUAAUCGGACGAAAAAUGGUGGACGCAAAGAAACCGGGUUCUAUUGUGAACAUAUCAAGCAUAUGGUCGUUGCAGGCUGUGCCAGAAAAUAUGCCGUACACGGUCUCGAAGUGUGCAAUUGACAUGGUAACUAAACAAUUUGCGUUGGAACUAGGACCGUUCAAUAUACGCGUAAAUGCUGUGAAUCCUACCCUUGUAUUAACAGAGAGCAUCAAAAAGCAAAUUGAAGAAGGCUUGCCUUUAGACAAACUUUUCUUAGAUAAAACACCUUUACAAAGAAUACCGGAAAUUAGUGAAAUCAUCAACCCUAUUUUGUAUCUCCUCAGUGAGUACUCUUCAAUGGUUUCCGGAACUAUUAAUAUCGUCGACGGAGGGUUGAUGUCUUCGUUUACCACUAAAAUGUGA